GAUUUGCCGCGGCGAGGAAAGAGCAAUCCAUCCAAUUCUUUAGACGCUCGGACCAAUUCUUCUGACGCUCAUCGUCAACUUCGCAACGACGACUUCCCCUCGCCUUCGACCAGCCCUCUGAGCCUCAGCUGGGGGACCAUCACCAGUUCUACCGUCAACAUGGCCAGCAAAACCGGCCUCGGCGCCUUCCGCUCUCUCAAGUCGACCAUCUGCGCCUCCUGCUUCCACACACAAUCCCUCCGACCCUUCUCGCAGUCGACCCGCACGUUGGCUCCCCCAUUCGGAUCCAAGCAGGCCAAGGCGCCACUGAAUCUCGACUCGAUGCUCAGCAAUGUGGACCAGAACUUCAUGCAAGCCUCGCCAGACUACUUCUCGAACCUGAUCCCCGGCCAGAGCGGCGGCAUGCGCAACCUGGCUAUCAAGGACUGGGCCGAAGACGACCGUCACAAGCUGCACAUAUACUCGCACAAGCACAACACGCACAUCACACUUGCGAACCCGAAACGCGAUGCGCUGAUCUCGGUCUCAUGCGGGAAUAUUGGCUUCAGGAAGGCUGGAAGAGGGACGUAUGAUGCUGGGUACCAGCUUGCGGCGUUUGUCAUGAGCAGAAUCCAGGACAAGGGCUUGCUGCCGCAGAUUCAGAAGCUAGAACUGAUCUAUCGGGGGUUCGGGUCAGGGAGGGAAGCGGUUACGAAGGCGAUACUGGGUACUGAGGGGAGGAAAAUUAGGCCGCUGAUUGUGAAGUUGUCGGAUUCAACGAGGCUGAAGUUUGGUGGUACGAGGAGCAAAAAGCCGAGGAGAUUGGGUUGAAUCAAUUGCGAGUGGGACUUCAGCUUGUUUGUAAAAUAUGGCAUCAUCAGGUGUAUGGAUAUUUUGGAACACAUGUCAGCAUAGGAGCAUGUGCGAUGCGACAAUUCGUACAUAUUGACGAAUGAGAUGUAAUGUCAAUGUGCGGCAAGUCAUUUCAGAUUCUUUGGCAAUGGCGCUCUCUCCGCUGUCGGCAGCGUCCUACCACUGCUGUCGGUUUCUUUGACGUCGACCAACCGGGGUACAUUAGGUUUGGACGUAUACCGAGGAUUCCCUCUUGCGCCUCCUUGCUCACCUCGACCA